AUGUCAUUUGAUGACCUUUUAACUGUUAAUGGUCAAAAAAUGAAUUGCUUCAGAGAAGCUGCUUUAAACCUUGGUCUAUUACAGUCUGAUACAUAUAUAGAAGAUACUCUUGAAGAAGCAGCAGUUUUUCAGAUGCCAUCAUCGUUAAGACUGUUAUUUGCUACUGUUCUUGUUCAUUGUACACCUACUGAUCCUAGAUUACUCUGGCAUAAAUUUGAACAACAGUUAUGCAGUGAUUAUCAAAGAUCACAGGAACUUUACCACUAUUCUUCUACUGAAAUCAGAAAUAAAGUCUUGAAAGAUAUCAGUACGUUGCUUGAGCAAAUGGGUAAAAAUAUUGAUGAUUACCAUUUAGUUCCAAAUACCCUUAGAGCUGCAUAUCAUGAACAGUUAACAAAGGAAAUUGACAGUGAAAGGAAUAUUGAAGUAUUACCAGAAGAUCUGCUUUUGUCUUUUAAAUUGAAUACUCAGCAACGGCAUGCUUAUGAUUUAAUUCUGCAUGCAAUCUCUUCUUCUGCUGGCCAAAGUUUCUUUAUCGAUGGUCCGGGUGGAACUGGAAAGACCUUUCUGUAUAGGUCGCUUUUAGCUACUUUAAGAUCUCAAGGACAUAUUGCUAUUGCAGUGGCAACAUCCGGUGUCGCUGCUUCUGUUCUUCCAGGUGGAAGAACAGCGCAUUCUAGAUUCAAAAUACCGCUAGAUUUGUCAACAAAUAAAACUUGCCAGAUCAGUAAGCAAGGUAGUGUUGCUAGACUGCUUUUUGAAUCAAAACUGAUCUUGUGGGAUGAAGCAUCAAUGGCCAAAAGAGAAACUAUUGAAGCCUUUGAUGAUUUUCUAAAAGACAUAAUGGAAUCUGAGCUGCCAUUUGGAGGAAAGGUUAUCUUUUUUGGAGGAGAUUUUCGACAAACUUUACCUGUAAUUGAGAAAGCUUCAAAACGAACUCUCAUAGAUGCUAGCCUUCCUAAUUCACCUAUAUGGAAUAAAUUUCAUAUGUUGAAACUGACAGAAAAUAUGCGGGCUAUUUUAGACCCAGCAUUCUCAGAGUUUCUUUUGAGAGUGGGUGAAGGAAGAGAGCCUGUUGAUCCACAAGGCCAAAUAACCUUACCGAAUGACAUAGUCAUUCCCUAUUAUGAAAAAGAAGAAUCUCUAAACAGGUUGAUACAAUCUGUAUUUCCAGAUUUAUUGGCUUAUUCAAAUGAUCCUUAUACUAUGAUCAAUAGGUGCAUUCUUACUCCAAAAAAUAGUUCAGUUGAUGAGCUAAAUGAUAUCAUGAUAACAAGGUUUCCUGGGAAUCUUCAUGUUUAUGUUAGCUCUGAUAAAACUGUUGAUCAGCGCCAUCAAGGAGAUUAUGAAGAUUUUCUCAAUUCACAAAAUCCAAAAGGACUUCCUCCUCAUAAGUUAUUACUUAAAGAAAAUUGUCCUCUCAUUCUUUUGAGAAAUUUGAACCCUGUAGAAGGAUUGUGUAAUGGUACACGUCUCAUCUGUAGAGAGCUUAGACAACAUACAAUCUGUGCUGAAAUAGCUUUUGGCCAACAUCAAGGAAAAAGAAUCUUUUUGCCUAAAAUUCCUCUUCAAACAUCUGAUAGCGAAAGGAAUGGCCUCCCAUUUAUAAGAACACAAUUUCCUGUUCGACUUUGUUUUGCCUUAACAAUUAACAAAUCUCAAGGACAAACUCUUGAUUAUGUCGGGAUUUACCUUCGUGAGCCGGUUUUCUCUCAUGGACAGUUGUACGUAGCUUUAUCUAGAGCUAAAGCAUCAGCCGCAGUUAAAAUUCUUAUUGUGCCUAGAACUUUUGGAGACAUUAAAGUUGAUUGCAAGACUAGAAAUGUUGUGUUUGAAGAAAUAUUUCAACUAACUCAGCACUGA